CUGCUGACCAGUCCUUGUCAUGAAGAUGGCCUCACUUCAGACGCUCGCACCUCUGCUUGCUCUGCUGAGCCACCUGUGUGUCCUGCAAGGAAGUCCCAUUGACCACCCGAUUCUGACCCGUCCAGUGGGUGCCAAGGCACCCAUCACCGAGUUCUUGUGUAACCUGACUGCCCACACCGGUCCUCUUCCAUCAUCAGUGCACAGCCUCAGACCCGCUGAUGUUUCUGUGGUGGCUGCCAUGGGACUCGUGCUGUCGACUGACCACUCGAGGACCCCGAGGUACCGCGCUCAUCGCUCAGGGCUGCUGGACGCGCUGACAGAAAUCCUGCAGAUGUUCAAUCCUGGGGUCAGCCGGCUGCCUCAGCUCAACGUGGACACCAGUUCUCUCGCUCAGCAAGCCAAGGAGUUGGUCAGCCAGCUGAAAGACCACCAAGGGGCUGAAGGCUUCAAGCAGGACUGGAAGGUUGUGGUCAUCUUUGUCGGACUGGCGGGCAGUGAGGCACAGAUCCCACUGGAGGACGCCAAGGAGCAGGUGGAUGAGGCACUGGGGGUCCUGCGUGACCAGGUGCCCAGAGCCCUGGUGAAGCUGGUCCUGGAACAGAGUGAAUGUCCUGAUGGCACACACGGGGAAUGGCAGAGGUGCAGUGACAACAGCGACUCGGACAGACGGAGCACGGCACAACAGCUCAGCAGGGCUGUCCUCAGCUGGUCAUACCAGACGGACUUGCAGCGCCACCUUCAAGAGUGGAGUGACUUCAGUCAGCGGGAGGACUUUGCUGUGGUCCUGCAGGAUGUCCGUGGUCAGGUGGGGAGGCACCUGCUGACUAACACCAUCCAAUCAGAGCCCAUUCUGGAAGACGGGACCCCCGUGUCCAGCAUCCUGCAGCUUUGGAACGACAUGCUCCAGGAGGCCCGUGACUGGCAUGAAGAUGAAGUUGGUCUUCUCAGGUGUCCAUCACAGGAUCGGCCCUUCCUCAGGACUGGCAGGAACAGCGAGAUGAGCUCAUCCACCACAGUGCCACCUACUGACCAGACUGGUUCAGCAUCUCCUGCGCCUUCAAGGGGGACCACCGCUGCCCCCAUACACCCGGUGCAUGGAAGCCGCCUGUCCUGCGAAGAUCGAAAUCCUUCCAGCGUCGCCCCCCAGUCAGUCCACGCUCUCAGGCCAGCUGAUGUGAAGGUCGUGGCGGCCAUUGGAGACUCCCUCACGGCGGGUAACGGGAUCGGCUCCAAGCCCAGUAACGUGGUGGAUGUGCUGAAGCAGUACAGAGGCCUCUCGUGGAGCAUCGGAGGAGACAAGUCCCUGGAGACGGUCACCACUCUGCCCAGUAAGUCAUUGGCACAGGUAAGAGCUGUGGGCCUUGGUGGCCUUGGUGGCUUUCUAGGCCACUUCAUCAUCUCCCGCCAGAGGGGGCUCACAGACAUCCUGCGGAAGUUCAAUCCUCAGUUGACGGGCUUCUCCACUGGCACUGGGGAUGCCAGUAAACCAGGAGCCGCCUUCAACCAGGCUGUGCCAGGCUCCACGGCAAAAGAUUUGCUCCAGCAGGUCCAGAAACUGGUGACCAUCAUGAAGGAAGACAAGAAAGUGAACUUCACCCAAGACUGGAAGAUCAUCACCGUGUUUGUGGGUGGCAAUGACCUGUGUGACCACUGCCAUGAUACGAUCCCUCAUUCUGCUAAGAAUUUUGCUCGCCAGGUCCAAGCUGCCCUGGACAUUCUGCACAGUGAAGUGCCCCGAGUGUUUGUCAACCUGGUGGAUGUUCUGCAUGUCAUCCCACUAAGGACCUUUCACCAAGACAGCAGCCUCAAGUGUCCCACCAGACUGGUGAAAAUUCUCUGUCCCUGCGUGGUGAAGCCACGAGAAAACUCAACGGAGCUGCAUGGCCUGGCGACGCUCAACAGGGCUUAUCAGGAAGCUCUUCGUGCCCUCGUGAGCUCCGGCCGCUACGACACCAGUGAUGACUUCACCGUGGUGCUGCAGCCCUUCUUCCGAGAUGUGCCAACCCCUCUGACGGAGGAUGGCCGUCCUGAUCGCUCCUUCUUCUCGGCCGACUGCUUCCAUCUCAGCCAGAAAAGCCACUCGCAGAUGGCACGGGCGCUCUGGAACAACAUGCUGCAGCCGGUGGGCCACAAGUCUGAACUGAAGAACCUCUCCGAGUCGGUCCCCCUGUCCUGCCCUUCACAGGAUGAACCUUUCCUCAGAACCUACAAGAACAGCAAUGCCAGCUAUCCUGAACCCGAAGCGACACAGCCCCCCAACAAGGACUGGGGAAGUGACCUCAUCUGCCCUGAUAUGCUGCCAUCAGAGAAUGUCCCCACAUCAGCACACAAGCUGCGGCCUGCAGACGUCAAGGUGGUGGCGGCACUUGGAGACUCCCUCACGGCUGGCUUUGGCAUUCGAGCACAGAACUUGGCGCAGCUGAAUAAGGAGUGGCGGGGGCUCUCCUGGAGCAUCGGCGGGGAUGACGCCUUGGACAAGGUGACCACACUGCCCAACAUCCUGCGGCGUUUCAACUCGAAGCUCGUCGGCUUCUCCUUGGGCACCGGCAAAGAGCAGAGCCACUUGAACAUGGCGGUGUCGGGGGCCAAGGCAGCGGACGUCCCAGCGCAGGCGCGCCAUCUGGUCCAGAGGCUUCAGGAGAGCCCGGUGAAUUUCCAGGAGGACUGGAAGCUGGUGACACUCUUCAUUGGAGGAAAUGACCUGUGCCAGUACUGUCUGGACCGGGAGACUCUGUCCUGGCAGAACUACGUGGGGCACAUUCAGGAGACCCUGGACAUCCUGUACAGCGAGGUGCCGCGGGUCUUUGUCACCUUGGUGGAGAUCUUGGAGAUCGAAGGCCUCCGGCGUAUCAAAGGCAGCGGUCUGGGCUGCACGCUGCUGCAAAGGAGUUCUGCCCAUUACAUCCACCAGGGGUCCAUGGGGGUCUUGGCCAAUGUCCACAUUCAUGUGAAUCUGCUGAAAGACAACGGGAAGGAGCCAAAGCGCCUGAGGGUGCAGGGCCACCGGACCAGAGAUGCACAGGAUGCCCAGGGACAGGACUCGCUGGAGCUGAUGGAGGCCCGCAUGCUGAACCGUUACUAUCAGGUAGAGCUGGAGAAGAUGGUCUACAGCGGGCGCUACGACGGCAGAGAGGACUUCGCCGUGGUCACCCAGCCCUUCUUCCGCAGCUCCUUCAUUCCACUGGCUGACGAUGGCACGCCGGAUGUCAGGUUCUUUUCAUCGGAUUGCUUCCACUUCAGUGAGCGCGGCCACGCCAUGAUGGCCAUCUCCCUGUGGAAUAACAUGGUACUGGUAGGGCAGGGGGUGCGGGAGCUGGAGCCCGUAGGCCAGAAGACGGCAUUCAACAACUUCACCUACGAGCGGCGCAGGCUCAAGUGCCCCAGCCAGGUCAAGCCCUACUUCUUUACAAAGAGAAACAGCUUCCCACUCCCCCCAGUCCAGCCAGCUGCUCCCAGUAACGGGAUUCCCUCUUGGACUGUGGUAGUGGCGCCAUCGGGGGAGUGCUGUCAGCCCACCCCGCGCCGGCUCACCGUUGUCACAUCGGCCGGGGGUCCUCGCAUCACCUCCUGUGUGGCCUUCUCGGAGGGGUCACCCAGAAGAACAACUUCCAGGAACAAUGGAAUGAACUUCACGGCCUCAUUCAAGGAAAGGAAAAAAGAGAGAAACGUACCGGCGGGAAGAGGCGAGCAUCGACCCCUCUGGGCGUUUUGGGACAUCAAGGCGACGGGACGGACCGAGACACACGGGGUCCGCUCCGAGCACCUCGGCCGCUGUCGGCCACUAGAUGGCAGCACGAAGUGGCGCUGCCUGCACGACGUCUUACGGCCGUGA